GGGCCGGGGGGAGCGCGGCUGGGGGGCCGGGCGCAUGGCGGCGCAGCGGCUGGUGACCGCGGCGGUGGCGGUGGCCCUGCUGUCCCUGGCGCUCAACAACGUGGCGGCGUUCACGCCCAGCUGGGUGCUGCAGGCGCUGGAGGACGGGCGCAAGCGCAGCGUGGGGCUGUGGAGGACGUGCGAGCGCGGGCGCGAGGAGGCCGGCGGCGGCGGUGGCGGAGGGAGGCACGGUCAGACCCCGCAGCCACACUGCGAGGCUGUGGGCUGGGGCUCGGAGAUCGCCGGGCGCCAGGAGUCCCGCAGCACCGUCAAGCUGCAGUUUGACAUGAUGCGGGCCUGUAACCUGCUGGCCACGGUGGCCCUGACUGCUGGCCAGCUCAUCUUCCUGCUGGGGCUGGUGGAGCUGCCCUUCAUUACCCAGGAUUCCCAGUGGUGGGAGGAAGCCAUCGCAGCGCUCUUCCAGCUGGCCAGCUUCGUGCUGGUCAUCGGGCUGGUGACGUUCUCGCGGAUCGGACCGUACACGUACCUGUCCUACUCCUGCUACGUGAACAUUGCGGCCUGCCUGCUGGCCACGCUGGCGGCCGCCAUGCUGAUCUGGAACAUUCUGCACAGGCGCGACGACUGCCUGGCCCCGCGCGUCAUCGUCAUCAGCAGCUCGCUCACCACGCCCUUCCACCCGCGCCUCGACAAUGACUAUGUGGAAUCGCCCUGCUGAGCCCCAGUCUCCUCCCCCGGGCGGGACACAGCGCUCAGAGAAGACUGCGCUGGGGGAGGAGCAAAGACAUUAGGGGGAGGAGCAAAGACAUUAGGGGCCAUUUUCUUUCCUUUAACCAACUCCUAUUGCUGCUGUGCUUUCCUAAAUACCCGUGUGUGUGGUGGGGGUGGGGGGGGGGGGGGGGGGGGUUGGUGGAUUGGUUCAUGGCUGUAUGCACAUCAGAGGAAUGGACGUUCUGUUGUUCUAAUGGACCAUCCGCUUGCAAACUCAGAGUAACCCAAUUACGGACAGUUCUGACGCUCAAAACUCAAAUUCUGGAAGUACCCAUGACCUCAAAAAGCAAGGCCUUUCUAUGCUCACACUUUGAUCAGGUCCCUUUUAAACUUCUAAAUUUAAGUUGGUCUACUGGAGACAUGCAUGAAGUCCGACAGCUUUGUCCAGUAAGACUUGGUGCUGUUUUUCUCUAAGUUUCUCUAAAUUUUCCAAGCCAAAUGUUCCCUCCACCCCUAAUGGUUCUACUGAAAAAAGAUCAAGCUGGAUCUUGACGUUUCGUUCGAUGUGCACUUAUUUUAACAUAUUUCUUGCAGUGUUAUUAUUAUUUUUUAUAUUGAAAAGAAUUGAGAUUUAAGAUCCCUGAAUUAGCAUUAAUGGAAGAAUGGGGUAAUUCCCCACAGUUUUUCAUUGCAAAAUAUUUUUCAAAACAGGCAAAUUAAUUAAAGAUAGAUAAAAGCCCAACAUUCUGGACAGUCUAUCUCAAGGUUAUUUCCCACAUAUUGUCUGAGAUUUCCAAGGAAGAAAGGCCGAGGAGACAGGUCUAAAGCAACACUAAGAUGAACUCACAUUAGUAUGGAUGUGCUCCUUUAGAUAAUCUGCUCGCUUGUGGUACAUGUACUUAAUUUAAUUCAGUAUGGUUGUAUUAAUUGCUGUUAUAUCAUACUACAUACUACUUGGUGCAGAAAUUCCGCUGUGACAAAAGAAAAUAAAUUAAAAUAAUAAAUAAUACAGAUAUAAUAAUUGUAUGAACAUAUUUGUAUAAGUCACCAACAUUAAAAGUUUCUUGACCAAUA